AUGCUGCUCACAUGGAUUGGGUUAUGUCUCUGGGCAAUGCCCGUGCUAACUGGCGCGGGCCGGAAAUGCCCCACAGAAUGCACUUGCAGCAUAGACGAACAGAAUCGCUAUCAGGCAGUCUGCACAAAAGGUGGACUAACUGCUUUUCCCACAAACCAACUUGAUUCUGAUGUUAAAAUCAUUAUAAUUAGAGGACCUCGGAACACCAUUACAAUUGGACCACUCCUGCGUCAAUUUACAAAACUGGAGGUUUUACGCAUUACAGACUCGAAUUUACCAGCAAUUGGCAAUGAAUCCAUUUGGGGUUUGAAGUAUUUACGCAUUUUGGAUCUUUCCAAAAAUAACAUAACCAAUAUAAAGGAGAACAAUUUCCGGGGACAGGACAAUUUAAUUGAAUUGGAUCUUUCCAAAAAUAAAAUUCUACGUAUGGCAAGUUCAACAUUUCGUCAUCUGAGAGAAUUGCAACGUCUUAAUUUGGCAGAUAAUUCAAUUGUAGAAUUAACACAGAGAAACUUCUUUAUGCUCAACAACUUAAAGUAUCUCGAUUUAAGUGGAAAUCCGUUGCAAGAUUUACAGCCGGAUGUGUUCCGUGAUGUGCCGGAAUUAAGAAUAUUCAAAUGCCGCAAUUGUCAACUGAAGAAAAUCAAUCCACAAUUGUACAAUUUACUACCAAUGUUAACCGAAUUGGAUUUGGGACGUAAUGAGUUUAAAUUUUUGGACAAGGACGAGUUUCGCGAUGUAAAACGCCUAACAAAGGUUCUUCUCGAUGGCAAUCAAUUAUCUGUCGUUGUCGAUGAGCUGUUCCGUAUGCAAAAGAGUCUCAAUCAUUUAGAUUUAUCCUAUAAUCGUUUGGCCAAAGUACCCAAUGACUCCUUUUUGCAUUUGAGCAAUUUAACAUUUUUGGAUUUAUCGUACAAUAAGCUGGUGCGACUGGAACCGCAAUCAGUGCGACGUUUAGGCAAUUUGCGAACAUUGAACAUCAGUGGAAACACACAAAUGGAUUUGCAUGAAAUGCGUGAAACUUUCGAGCUCAUACCACAGUUGACGCAUCUCUCCAUUGCUGACAUGGGUAUACUGCCGAUGGGUUUACUUGUCCCAUUCAAACAAUUGCGUUAUUUAAACAUAUCUGGAAAUCAUUUGGACAAUAUGUCAUUACAAGUAAUCGAUCCAUGCAGGGAAUUGGAGUUUUUGGAUUUAUCGCGAAAUCAAUUGUACGGCAUCAACGAGGACACAGCAUUAAGGAUACAAGGGAUUCGAAAUGUGCGCCUGGAUAACAAUCCGCUUAUAUGCGAUGAGUGUCACAUGGGCAAAUUAAUAAAUGUUGUGAGACAUUUACAAUGGAAAUGGGAUGCCUAUCCAAUAUGCUUUCUACCAAAAAGCCUAAGAGGUGCCGAAAUAACCGAUUUAGAUGUUGCUGUACUAGAUACUUGCUUAGAAUACAUCACCGAUGAGGAACAAAAUGCAGCAAGUACUUCACAUAAUUUUCUUGAACGUGGUGGUCUUAAUACUCUCGCUAUAUUGGGUGGCAUAAUUUUCGUUUUAAUUGCCAUUAUUAUCCUGGCUAUGUUUGUUUGUUUUUCGAAGCAUCGUGCACGUUACUAUACACGCGAGGAUCGCAUUAAUAGCAGCGAGGGCAAAUGUUUGGAAAAGAAUUUGGAAGCAUCCGCAAAUAAUGCCAACAGCAAUGGUAACAAUGCAAACACAAGUAAUAAUGGCAGCGGUAUCGGUAAUGGCAGCAACAAAGGCAAUCGUGAGGCAACCGGAGGCAAUGAAAUAAAUUUCAAAUUUCCCAUUGAUGAUCGCGUUUGUACAAUUGAUGAGUUUGUUUUGCCACCCGUGCCACCACCGCCAGCACAUGAACCACCAAAAGCAAUGAUAAACAAUAGUGGUAAUAUAAUGUAUAGUGCAACACCCACUAAUGGCAUAAACGGCAAUGUAACUGCAAUAGCAGCUGUAGCAGCUGCCGCAACUGUUAUACCACCAGGAGUACCCUCGGUAACAACAACGCUCACGCCUGCACGUAUUGUACCAACAAAGACAAUGGGAGCUGCAGCAGCAGCAUCCACAGUGAAUGCACGUGCCACUACCACAUUACCACAGGAGACUGUUGUAGUUGUAUUGCAAUCACCACCACCAGCAAUGCCCCUAUCAUUACCGCCACCACCAACAGCAAUUGCAAAUGCUGCAGCAGCUACUUCAUCAUCAACAACAAUGACAGGAAGUGCGAUAGCCGGCAACGUUGGUCAACAACCGGAGCAGCAAUUAUUGCAUUUGACCACACUUGAGCCAUUGGUUAGUGUCAACUGACCUCGGGGUAAUAUCGGUCAUUUUGGUGGCUCAGCCACUGCCAUUAAUGUUAUAGCUGUUGCCAUACCAACCACAGCUAAAACAACAAUUCAACCAACUGCAAAAACACAAACAACAUUUAAAACUAUAACAACAACAAGCACGUAGUUAGUUACUUCUUCAUUAUAAUCACAGUCAUCAUUAUCAACAUUAACAUCUGCAACAUAACCAGCAACAACAACAACAACAACAAUGGUUGCUGCAAUUGCAUUAAUAUAAAAAUGGAGAAGAAAUUUUUUAAGUAAGCAACGUUGCAGUAAAAAGGAAACCCAUAAAAAAGACAAGGACAAAAAUAACAGAGAAAUAUAAGACAAACGUUUAAACAAGAUAAAUAUUGCAUUAAGGUAAAGAGAAAAAAAAAAAGAAAAAUUAAGUAAUAUAAGUUAAUUAAAUUAAGAUAGAAUAAUAAGCGACACAAAUAAAAAACUUAUAUAUACUAUUUAUAUAUAUGGAUAUAUUUAAGGAUUUAAGUGUUA